GUGUCGGGGGUUGGGGGGACGGGAGUCACUGGAGGUCGGAGCAGAGGACGGCAGAGAGACCUAUGACUGUCUCUGGGGGACGGGCUGGUGCCAGGCUGGUGGCCGGGGGGGCGGCCAGUGAUCAGACACUGCAUGGAAUUUGAAGGUCGAGAUCCAGCCAGCGGGAUUGACCUGUGGGGGUCCCCACCACACCCCACCACUGGGUAGGGUGCCCCGUGCCACAGUCGCAUGGAUGACCCUCUGUCUGAAGCCGCUGCACUCUGGCCCUUGGGGUGGACACAGCAGGGGCAGCCUCCACCCUGGCAGGCCUGGCACAUUGGUGGCCCCUGGCCGGCCCAUGGCCCCCACCUCCAGGGUUGUCUGGCCCCAGGCUCAUGGGUACUGUUGUGGAGGGGCACUUGGUUGCCCAGGAAGUGUGGGAGGAGGUGGCAGGCCUGUGAGAGGAUGGGGAGUAGGAACAAUUGGGAAAGACCCCUCGUCACUGCAAGGCCUCCCCGGGGAGGUGGCGAGCCCCCCACAGAUGGAGCACCCGGCCAGAGGCUCUCAGUCCCUGUGCGCGGUAUGGGGCGGCUCGGAGGGCCCCUGGCCGCAGCCCCCUGACGGCCUGACCCGCCCGAUCCAGGUGACCAGCCAGGACAAGGCUCCAGCUGUCAUCCGCAAGGCCAUGGACAAGCACCAUCUGGACGAGGAGCAGCCGGAGCAGUAUGAGCUGGUGCAGGUCAUUUCAGACGAGAGAAGAAUGUCGUGGGGAGACAGACAUUCAGUCCGAGGCAGAGGCUGCCGGGGGGCAGCUCGGGACCCUAAACCCCGGGGAAGGGACCGGCAGAGCACAGACUCGGAGGCAGAGGCCGGGGCUCGGGACCCGGUCCAGCUCCCGUGUCCACCUCCCACAGGGACGUAACACAGCCAGGGCGGGGUGCGCAAGAGUAGGCUUACAGUUGUGAGUACACCAAGCACAGCGUUCGUUCUUUUAUUGUUUAAUUACUGUUUUGUUUUCCAUGUGGGCACUGUGAACCUACUUUUGCCCACCCCGGUAUACGCUCCUGGGACAUACGUGUGCC